AUGCCUCUCGCCCGCCGCCACGCUCCCCGCACUGCCGUGCGCACCUCACCACGCACUACACGUGCAGCGCGCCCUUCCCUUAAGACCCGCCUUCUUGGUGGAAACCGUCGCACACACACUAAGCGCACAGGCGGCACCACCGUUACCACUACUACAACCACCAGGACGACUCGCACUGGUGGUCAUCACGGUCACGCUACUACUGCCGCUCCCGUCCAUCACCAUAAGCGCCAUGCCACUAUGGGUGACAAGGUCAGUGGAGCGUUGAUGAAGCUACGGGGUUCUUUGACGCGCAGACCCGGUCUCAAGGCUGCUGGCACUCGCCGCAUGCAUGGCACUGACGGCCGGAACGCCCGCCGUGUGUACUAA